AAAAUGGUAAUCGCAGGUUUAAGUAUCAUACAUACAUACAGAUAGACUUAUCCUUACAUGAUAUCUACCACUUCUUUGUCUUACAAAUUUCAUCCACUCAAUCAUAAUAUCUUCUGUUCAACCAGAAAAAAAAACGACACUACUCUAUAGAUCACUCAAUCACUGCAUAUACAUAUCUUCAUUGAAUUAAUCAACAUUACUCUCUCUUCCUCCAUCUUCUAGAUUCUUCCAUCAUCAACAACAACAACAAACAUGGCUGCUGCAGUAACAGCCGCAGUCUCCUUGCCAUACUCCAACUCCACUUCCCUUCCGAUCAGAACAUCUAUUGUUGCACCAGAGAGACUUGUCUUCAAAAAGGUUUCAUUGAACAAUGUUUCUAUAAGUGGAAGGGUAGGCACCAUCAGAGCUCAGGUUACUACUGAGGCACCUGCUAAGGUAGUAAAGCAUUCAAAGAAACAAGAUGAAAAUAUUGUUGUGAACAAGUUCAAACCUAAGGAACCAUACGUUGGGAGGUGUCUUCUCAACACAAAGAUCACUGGUGAUGAUGCACCUGGUGAAACUUGGCACAUGGUUUUCAGCACUGAGGGAGAGGUUCCUUACAGAGAAGGACAAUCUAUUGGGAUAGUUCCUGACGGUAUUGACAAGAAUGGCAAGCCUCACAAGCUGAGAUUGUAUUCAAUUGCUAGCAGUGCCAUUGGUGAUUUUGGAGACUCCAAAACUGUUUCCCUAUGUGUGAAACGUCUUGUUUACACAAACGAUGCCGGAGAAGUUGUUAAGGGAGUUUGCUCAAAUUUCUUGUGCGAUUUGAAGCCGGGAUCAGAAGUAAAGAUUACUGGACCAGUUGGUAAAGAAAUGCUUAUGCCAAAAGAUCCUAAUGCUACUGUCAUCAUGUUGGGAACUGGAACUGGAAUCGCCCCAUUUCGCUCAUUUUUAUGGAAAAUGUUCUUUGAGAAGCAUGAAGAUUACCAGUUCAAUGGUUUGGCAUGGCUCUUCCUAGGUGUCCCUACAAGCAGCUCACUGCUUUAUAAGGAGGAAUUUGAAAAGAUGAAGGAGAAAGCACCCGAGAACUUCAGGCUUGACUUUGCUGUAAGCAGAGAGCAAGUAAACGAUAAAGGAGAGAAAAUGUACAUCCAAACAAGAAUGGCUCAAUACGCCGAAGAGUUAUGGGAAUUACUGAAGAAAGACAACACUUUUGUUUACAUGUGUGGACUGAAAGGAAUGGAAAAGGGAAUUGAUGACAUAAUGGUGUCACUCGCUGCCAAAGACGGCAUCGAUUGGAUCGAGUACAAGAGAACGUUGAAGAAGGCGGAGCAAUGGAACGUUGAAGUCUAUUAAUUUCUUUUCACUUGCAUUGAUAACAAGUUCCAGUUUGUGCAGCAGCUUAUCUAUAUCACCCUCCUGUAUUCUGUAGAUAGAUUACAUUACAACCUUGUAAUUUUGGUAUGACAAAAAAUUAUACCUUGCUUGUGAACAAUAUUGUUUACGGAAUCGUUGCAAGAAAUAAUUUUGAGGAUCA